AUGGCAACCCCUGCCCUCCUGCUCCUCCUGCUCCUCCUCGUGCUGCCCGCAGGGGCCUGGCCCAGCCUGGGGCUGCCCCAGCAGCCGUGUGUGCGCUGCUGCCGCCCGGCCUGGUCCCCAACGGCCCCUGGCUCAUACCCCCCUGAGAGUGAAGGGGAGAUGUGGGGACAGCUGCCCUACGUGCGGCCCAUCAUUGACAUCUCAAUCCUCAAAGGUGAGAAGGGUGAGAUAGGGGUCAGAGGUCACCCUGGAAGCCGCGGAAAGGAGGGCCCACCAGGCUCCCUGGGCCUCCGGGGCCAGAAGGGCCAGAAGGGGCAGGUGGGGCCGCCGGGCACCCCGUGCCAGCGUGCCUACGCGGCCUUCUCAGUGGGCCGGCGUGCAGGGCUGCACAGCACAGGUGCUUUCCAGGUUGUCACCUUUGACACGGAGCUGGUGAACCUGGAUGGCGCCUUCAGCCUGGUGUCCGGCCACUUCCUCUGCGCUGUGCCUGGUGUGUACUUCCUGAGCCUCACCGUGCACACCUGGAAUUACAAGGAGACCUACCUGCACAUCAUGCGCAACCAGCAGGCCGCCGCUGUGCUGUACGCGCAGCCCAGCGAGCGCAGCGUCAUGCAGACCCAGAGCCUGCUGCUGCCGCUCGCCGCGAGGGAUGCCGUCUGGGUGCGCAUGUUCCAGCGCGACCGAGACAACGCCAUCUACGGUGAGCAUGGGGACCUCUACAUCACCUUCAGCGGUCACCUGGUCAAGCCUGCCACCGAGCUCUAG